UAGGUGUAGAAUUUCUAAACGAAUUGUGUAUUGACCGUUACCAUAGCAACAAAUUCUUGAUGUCAAUGUCAUAGUGACGGUACAUUGAGAGAAUUGAGAAGAAAUUGAAAGUGAUAGAAUAUAACUUCAGAAUCAUGGUUUAAUUAAUUUUUACAAUAGUUAUUUAAUUUAGGAAUGGAAAGUUAAAAAAAUUAUGCAAAAUGCCCAAAACUAUCGAACUCACAGUCGAAAUCGUUGUGCAGAGAGUGUCCUGUCCAGGUGUCUGGCUUUGCCAAGAUGGCAGCGUCUCACUCAUCGUAUCAGCUUUGGGCACAAGCUAUGAAACCUGUACUCUACCACCCACCUUCCCCCUCGAGUUCAAUGACCGAUUGUACUUCCGGAAAAGGUUCCAAGAAACCUGUGCAUUGAGUAACAUGUGUUGUUUGUUAAAAGAUGAAACCUUAUACUGUGAGCUAGUACAAUGGUGCCAGAACUGCAACACCGGUGAAUGCAAUAUACUCGCCCAGUACCUCGGCUCCCUUAGUGAUGUUCUGUUCCCGCCAAAGAUGUGUUGUAAUGACGGGGUAGACUUGCUUAUGAGGAGGUCUAAGAAGUAUCCGGGUAUUCUCUCGCCAAAGAUUGAGAUAGCCACAAAGGUCCGCAUAGAUGAAGUCUGGAACGACCAAUCCGAGCCAUUUAAUGUGAAUAUUCAGAACUUCAAAAACAUCGCCACUUGCAACUGCGUAGCUCGGACAGGGCCCCGGCAGAAGACUGUUUGCCACACUCCAGAGUAUCAUAGAACCAAGUGCCACACAGGCAUACCGUGCGAUAAAUCCCAGUCCCGAUCCCGGUCUCACUCCGGGGGCUCCGGUACCAGUGUCAGUCGCGGCCCGGACAAGUUCCUCUGCGCUUAUACCGAUUCCAGAAACAAAUACCGCACCGGUUUGCCGAGCACGAAGCCCCGGCCGAGGUCAGGAGGCUCCAAUAGUAGUGUCAGUCGCGGAUAUCAAGACAAGUUCCGCUGCGGAUACUCUGAAAACAAAUGCCACACAAGGUUGCCGAGCAACAAGUCUCGAUCCCGCUCGCGGUCCGGGGGCUCUUGCAGCAGCGGCAGUCGCAAGCAGGACAAGUUCCGCAGCGGGUACCUCGACGCCGCCUGCAAGAGACCUGUGUCCGCGUCCGCGCAACCGCGCCGAGACUUUUGCGUGUUCAACGUCAACGUGGUCCCGGACGAUUUUUGGAACAAAGCUGCUGGCAACUAUGAUGAUGGUGAUGAAAGUGGUAAGAAGCCAGAUUACCCGCCUAGCGAAGACAAAAAAGUACAACUUGAAAGUCGCUAUGUGGACGAUGAUAUAAAACACACUCCCGAGUGCGAAGACACACCAAAUAUCAGCCAUACAGUCCAUACGCACGCGUACGAAAACAAACCAUGCUUGUGCGAAAUAUGUAGAAGAUACCACGAGUUGUUCCACGCGGACUUGGAUGCACAAGUUUCGUGAGAACCAAAAAUAAAUAUGCACAUUGUCAAAAAUGUAUUUGCCCCUCCGUAAGUACCUGUUGAAUUAUUUAAUGGUGUUCGUAAAACUGCUUUAUUUAUUUGGGUUUGAAAUUUUAUUGUUGUAUUGUUUUUUACUAAUUUUAUAAAAUGUACUGUACUAAUCAUGAAAUAAAACGAGUCACACAUAA